AUGGGCGCCGGCCAGUCCAAGGCAGACGAGUCUACGAAGCACGUCUUCGCCAGCGAUACACCUAUACAAUUUUCUCAAGAACUCAUAGACUCAUUACAAGCAUCCUCAGAAACAAACUCCACACGCGCCAAAUCACUUGAGCUACACAUCGCGCAACGAGUUGCGGCAGAACUCGAAAAGCUGAAAUCUCAAGAAUCGGAAGCCUUUGAAAGUAUUCGAAAGAAGAUCGCCUCGGGCGAAGACGACGAAUCCUCAAAAUCUCAGACUGGUUCUUCCCUCCUCUCGGUAUCCCCCAGCGAAAUAUUAUCUCUCGAAAGCUCCGAGGAGAAAGCGCGGAAAUCACAAACGACGCAGAAGGUACAGCAAGAGAUUGAGAAAUUGCGGCAGACGCUAGGGCAGCGGAAGGUCGUCAAGGAGCUGCCUAAGGAGGUCGAGACUGCGUGA